GAGAGAGAGAGAGAGAGAGAGGUGAAAAGAGAAGAGAGAGCAAAAUUAUACAGCCCACUUUCGUGCACACCCUGAUCUCAACAGACAGAAGACAAGACCACACUUCAGAGCAACAGAGCUCCAUCCUGGAAGAUGUGGAAGCCUUCUUGGAGCUGUCUUGGAGCCCUGCUCAUGGCCCUAAUGUUUCAGGCCUCAGUGGAAGCUCAUGGUUGCUCCCUGGACAAUCUGUGUAAAGAUAGCAUGACAGCUAAAAGUCUGCUGGAAUGCAUAAAAUCCUGUUCUGUGGACUCAUCUAAUAUACUUGAAUACAGAGGAAUUGCACAAAAUGAGCUAAAACGUACCACAAACUACUCUCAUAAAAAAUAUAAGCAAAGAGAUAUCCACAGUGGCAGCAUCAGCAGUGAUGGUGGAAAUGUGAAUCAAAAGAGGCAGGAGCUAAUACAGGGGGACUUCCUGGAUCUUUUCUCUCCAGGAGUUCAGGGAGAGGACAAAGAGGUGCAAGGAGAGGGUCUGUCACUGAUCCGACCAGCCAGACAAUUAAAUAACAAAAGGUCCUAUUCCAUGGAGCAUUUCCGCUGGGGGAAGCCAGUGGGUAAAAAGAAGCGCCCUGUGAAGGGCAAACCCAGUGGAAUGGAAGAAUCUGCAGAGUCCCAUUCCAUGAACUUGAGAAGAGAUCUCCCCAUGAAUAUGGACUAUUCUGAGGGUUCUGAGUUAAUUGUUGAUAGAGAGGAGGAUACCAUGGAGGACAUAGAUAAAAAGAAAAAGAAAGAACCUGUGAUGAUCUAUAGCAAUGAGGUGAAAGAAGAAUCUGCAGAGUCCCUUUUCCCCAUGAGUAUGGACUAUCCUGAGGUUUCUGCACUAGUUUAUCCUAGAGGAAAGUUUGCAAAUGAAAACAAAGAGAGCUAUAAGAUGGGACGUUUCCGGUGGGAGACGCCAUUGAUUAAAAAAAAGCGCCCUGUGAAAGUCUAUCGCAGUAUGACAAAAGAAGAAUCUGCAGAGUCCCAUCCCAUGAACUUCAAAAGGGAUCUUCCCCUGAAUAUGAACUAUCCUGAGGUUUCUGAGCUAAUUGUUAAUAGAGGGGAGAAUACUGUGGAGGAUACAGAUGAAAAUAAAAAGAAUAAAAGGGGUUAUAACAUGGAGCAUUUCUGGUGGAAUACCUCUCCCAGGAAUAAGCGAUAUGGUGGCUUUAUGGUUUCUGAGAAGAGUCAUACUCCUCUCAUGACACUGUUCAGAAAUGCCAUAAUCAAGAAUGCCCCUGACAAGGGCCAGUGAGGGAAAAGCUAGGGGGAGGAAUAGUUUUAGGUUUUUCAUGAGAGAAGUAGGCCCCAAUUCCCUUGUGCCCCUUUCCUAUCCCCUGUAUCUUCCAUUUCCCAGGCUUGGGAUGUGUUACAUAGUCAAACCCUCAACAGCCAUGCCUUCAGUCAUUAAAGCUGUCUGUUUGGUCUUUAGGAAAUAAAGUUCAUUUGAUUUCACA